AUGAGCAAGGUGUCGUACCAAUCAGGAAUGAGAGUGGUUCAAGGGAUGAAAGACCAAGCAUCAAAGGGUGAUUCAGGUACUAUCAAGUCUUUGAGAGAUUCUGCUUGCUCUUCUUCUUCAAAGCAGGCAAGGCGUUUCUCGGGUUCUGCUGAUUCAAGUGCUUAUAGGAUUGCCGAGAACGACAAGUUUAAGCAGGCUGAGGAGUCUCUUAGGACUGUCAUGUUCUUGAGCUGCUGGGGUCCUAACUGA